AUGCGCCUCACAUUUACCUUCCAACUUCUGUUGUCAUUCGUCGCAUAUGCUUCUGCUACAUCCUCUGAAUGCCCUCGCUGCCCACAUGAGUUAUAUAACUCCAUGGGCCAGGCUCAAUGGGGCUUGAUAUUCAGGUGCUACGAUGCAAAGACAGAUAUACAUCGCUGCGAGUAUGACUACGAUGAUGAGCCCCAAGAUUGUGAUUACAAUGAACAAGGCGUUCUCGUCGCCCACAGCGAACCCAAUAUCUGCCCCCUGAAAGUCACGUACGGAGAGGUAUCGAGCAGUGACAAGUGUCUGCAGGCAUGCUAA